AUGGCAGCUCUCAUGCUCUCUCGACUCGCUUGCUGGCUGCUGUUCGCUGCCAUCAGCGUUCAGCUCGCUUGGUGCGCCGGCGACUUCGUUCCCGCUCGACACGGGCAAGAUGCAUCGAGCUCCUCUCAGCUUGUGCCGCAGACCUUUGCCGAAAAGUAUCGCAUCAUUGAUCCCGUAUCGGGUCGACCGUGGUCCGAGCUCGAGUACAAGCACUUCGCCGACCAAGCGAUUCCUCUGAUCGACGGCGUAAAGUACUACAAGAAGAACUGGCGACUGUUUCGCACCGUGGGAGCCGACAAAAUCCGCCACGUCGGGGUCGGCGCUACACCCGCGGACCUGCUCAAGCAUCCGUACUAUGUGGACUACUCGAUGAGCGGCUCGCACAUACCUGCUCUCUCCAUCCGAGUUGCCGACAUGCUUCCUCACAAUCCCAUGAGCUUGAGCAACCCCGACGUCGUCAUUUUCAUGCAUUCGAUCAGCGUGGACCGCCAAACCGACGCCAAGUUUCGGCUCGAGCCUCGAUUCGUCGUAAGAGGAAGCGCUGGUCAGGGGCGUGUACCUGAAACCGACGGGCCCGCCCACAACAUCAAAUGGCAGAAGCGGCAACCGUGGAAGCCCGAGUAUGUCUGGGUCGAAGAGGUUCCUGAAAUCUUCCGUUCGGAGGCGCUGCGAUCCAUCGAGGCACUUGGUUAUCCCCCCCUCACUAUCGACGGGCAGGUGGCCUUGUUGGAUCGAGAAAGCAGCGUCAAUCUCUACGCUGCCGCACGCUCGAGCAAGCUCGCCGAUCUCCUGGAACAGAGUCGACUGUACAUGUUUCAAUUCGUUCCUCCUCAAGCCAAAGGGACACUCGAAUCGUACGGCUUGAUGCGCCUCCCCAUCGAUGGCAAUCGCGAAGCCUGGUUUCAAGGCCCCCUCUUCGACAGGUUCGACCCCUUGACCGGUCAUAUCCAACUCAAGAUGUACACCUCGAUGGGCAAGAGAACGCCGGUGUUGGAUCGCGUCAUGUACACGAUGUCUCAGCAGGGUCGAUAUCGCCUCGUACCACGAGCCAUUGUUCGACCGACCGGCGUCUAUCCCAAUGUCCACUUUAAGACCAUCUAUGCGAUUCCUCCCGAGCUCCAGCAAGCUGCGAGUGUGGAUUUGUCGUAUAUGCCUGACCUCGAUCGUCCCGUGCCGACUUCCAGCGAUCUCGAUCGCCCCUUGCGCGUCAUGAUGGAUCGGCCACGACCUCUGGGCCAUCCCCUCGACUAUGCUGCAUCGCAUCUGUUUCGGCUACCCACGAACGGGAACAAAGCGCUCUGGCCUGGCGCAGCGGGUCAGCGUGUAGCUCGGCAGACAGAUCGAUCGGACGAGCCUGGAAUGCUCGGUCGUCCGACUCAGAAUGCGAUGGCCAACAAGAUUGACGAGGGAGUGCGACUUUCAUCUGCGGGCCCUCGGCGGCUUCCACACAGCCUGCAUGGGGCUGCGCCUCAGCAAGACAGCCCCGGUGUCCCCGCAACGCCAGGAGAAAGUCCCGAGGUGGAGAUGGUCGACAGCCUCGCUGCGAACCCUCAAGUUGAGCAUCAUCAGGCUUUCCAUCCUCCUGUUGGACCGCUGCGUUCUGAAGAGUUCCGAGCUCAUCCACCAGCGCCGCCGAGGCAUUCUCAUCACCAGCCGCAGUACUUCGACUACAAGCCUGGCCGGCCCAACCCGUACGAGCUUCCGCGCGACAGUCCCAUCGACGUGUUGAUGGCACAUCUGGAGCCUGACGUCGAAGAGACUCGGCACUUCUUUCACACUUAG